AUGAAACAAUUCUUAGUUUUGGCACUGCUCCCUGCUCUGUCAUAUGCAACCGUUCAGUGCUACGUUGGUCAAAAAUUAUUUAGUUAUGAAUCUAACAACGCUGUGUGCGCCAAGUUCAUUCCAUACGCUUGCGCUGCUGAUUGUGAAUGGAAAAAAGACUGUUCCGAGCAUCACUCUUAUUCAGCAUUCAAAGGACGUCGUACUUUUGUAUCUGGGCUCUUGAUCAACUCAAAAUCCCUGAUGGUUCUAUGUUGUGCUUCACUUGCCACAAGAGUGGAGGCAGAUAAUCAAGGAAGAGACAAGUGUGUUUGGAGAGAUGCCGAAUCAAUCUCCGUACUAGGACCCUCUAUUCGUACAAACCCUGUAUUAGCACCAAACCAUUAUAUUCGUGAUAUCCGUCUUGAAAGAGAUGGUACAGCUCGAGUUGAUGUACAGCUCGAAGUUUGUCAAUAUCAAGACGAGUUAACUCACUGUAUUGUCGACAAAAUGACUGAGGCAGAGAAGAGAAGAUACAGCUUUGUGAAACAGCGCUUGGACAACAGCAAAUCCCCAGCAAAUGUUGUAUCCACAAUUCAAAAAACCGGAGAUGAUCAAAAGAACCCAGAACCAAAUAUCAUCAGUCAGAAAGCUACUAAUGUCUGUUCCCCAAAAACCAUAAGUCAAUGUGGCAGAGAUAUACAAUCUCAGAUCAGUGCAUGUUGCAAAGACAGAGCUGCAUGUGAUCGUGGAUGUUUGAAGUCCGUUGAACAAUCAUUGAUUCAUGAGAAAACCGAACACGUCAAAGGAUGCACAAUCCAAGAAGUCCAAGAAACUAUUGAUUGUUUGGGACGCUUGGUUAACACCCAAGUGUAA